UUUGUGUCCCCGUCAGAGUCACGCAGUUCAUGUUUGAACGGAAGCCGUAGUCGGCUGUCGGUCAACGCAGCCUCCACAAUGCGAGCUUCUGAGUGGCUCUCUAACCGCGUACGAGUGGCUUUGUUUCUCGCCGUCUGCUCCAUCGUCUGCGCCGUCUGCGACCCUUUGUGCCAAGAGACAACGCCGUUCCACUACGACCAACCACAGCUGAUCUGCUCGGACUUCAACAGCGCCGACGAACUAGAGAGCCACGUACCCGACAGGCCGAAAAAUGGCAAGCUAGAGCUUGUCCUAAAGGACAGCCAGCUCGCGUACAUACCGCGGUCUGUAUUCCAAAGAGUUAAACCGUCGACGCUCAUUCUGAGCAACGUGACAGUGCGCAGCUACCGGACACCCGAUUCCGACUCCUCCGUGUUUGCGGAGCUUCGAGACACGUUGGAGAAGCUGGUCUUCCACAAGAACAGCAGCCUGCCGGACUCGUGGAGCUUGCUCAAGGACAACCGACUGCUCAGCGAGUUGCUACUCUUCAGGAUGGCCUCGCUUCGACUGGGCCACGACUUCGACGAGUUGCCGGCCAGUGUCAGGGACGUGGCCGUGGUCCAGAGCACGAUCUCAGGUGUGGACCCCCGCUGGCUGUCUUCCAUGGCCAACCUGGAGAGCCUCCGCAUCGACAAGGUAGAUUUGGAGAAGUUCGAAAGAACAAUGCUUCCGAGGCCCGCUUCCAAGCUUAAGUACCUCACGAUAACUGGUACAUCUUUGUCGGCGCUAGCCGAAGACUUCGGACAGGACCUGCCAUCUCUGGAGAAGCUCAACCUGAGAAGGAACAAAUUCACCACUUUUCAAGAGGCCGCGUUAGCUCCCCUCAAGAACCGCAGAGUGGUCGUCGAACUCGAGGGGAAUCCCCUGGAGUGCGACUGCAGGAUCCUCUUCCUGCUCGGCUACCCGGACAGCUGGCGGUAUCCCAACUGCGAGAGGCCCGAAGCGCUAGCCAAGACGCCACUUCGCCAACUCACGCCGUCCAGCCUGGGUUGCACUAUGGCCUCACCCGGACGUGAAGAAUAAACAAAUAAAACACGCACGCGCACGCGCGCGCGCACGUCUGCGUCUUGUGU